AAAAGCGUGCAUACAUUUUUCAGCAAUGAAAAUGAAAAAAUAAAAGCUCUGAAUAGAAGGAGAGGAACGCGACACGUAGACGCGCGCGGCGCACGAGCCCACGCCCCUUUAACUCGUCGCUCGCACCACAGCUCGCUUCCUGUACUUCCUCGCGCUCUUUCCCCGCAUCUACCCUCAAUAAUCGAUCAUUAGGGACGACGGCGGCGAUCUCCGAGCGCGCGCCGCAAUCUCGCGCGCGCCAGGGAGGCGUUCCCACGAGCGCGGAUCGCGUCGCGCGGCCCCUUUAAGGGGUUGGGGCGGGCAGGAGCGCGCAGUGGGCAAACCGACCGCUCCGCGCUCCGCACACCGCGCGCGCACACGAACACGAGCGCACACGCGCGCACUGAAUGGACACCGGGACCGCGCACUCGAACCCCGACCUGCCACGGCUCCGGGUCUCUCUGCGGUGUAUGUUACCAGGGUGAAGGUGGCCGCGGAUUACCAGAAAUAAAUUAAAAAAAAAAGAAAAAGAAAAAAAGAAACCUUUUCGGACACAAUGAGAAGAGCUGAUCAUGCGCCCUAGAUAGCAGGCCUGCUCCCUCUCGCCCCCCUCCGCCGAGGAUGCCCCCCCGGAAGCGGACGCGCCCCGCUCUGGGGUUCCUAUGCUGCUUCGGCAGCAGCGAACCCCCCGAGAUCAACCUGAAAGACAGCGUGCCUCUGCAGCUGCUGGAGUUCAGCGCCCCCAUGCCCCCGGAGGAGGAACUGCACGCGCGCUUCUCCGAGCUGGUGGAUGAACUGGACCUCACCGACCGCAACCGCGAGGCCAUGUUCGCUCUGCCCGCCGAGAAGAAAUGGCAGAUCUACUGCAGCAAGAAGAAGGAGCAGGAGGACCCCAACAAGCUGGCCACCAGCUGGCCUGACUACUACAUCGACCGCAUCAACUCCAUGGCCGCAAUGCAGACUCUGUUUGCGUUCGACGAGGAGGAGAUGGAGAUGAGGAAUAAAGUGGUGGAAGACCUGAAGACUGCGCUGCGCACUCAGCCCAUGAGGUUUGUGACACGCUUCAUCGAACUGGAUGGUCUCACGUGCCUCUUGAAUUUUCUGAAGAGCAUGGACUAUGAGACAUCGGAGAGCCGCAUCCACACCUCAAUCAUCGGCUGCAUCAAGGCUCUGAUGAACAAUUCGCAGGGCCGUGCCCACGUGUUGGCCCACCCCCACAGCAUCAACACCAUUUCCCAGAGCCUGCGGCAGGACAACAUUAAGACCAAGGUGGCUGUGCUGGAGAUCUUGGGUGCUGUCUGCCUGGUGCCUGACGGCCAUAAGAAGGUCUUGCAAGCCAUGGUGCACUACCAGAAGUAUGCUGCAGAAAGGACCCGCUUCCAAACACUGCUGAAUGAGCUAGACAGCAGUACUGGGCGCUACAGAGACGAGGUCAACCUGAAGACUGCCAUUAUGUCCUUCAUCAAUGCUGUUCUCAAUGCUGGAGCAGGGGAGGACAAUCUGGAGUUCCGCCUCCAUCUCAGGUACGAGUUCCUGAUGCUGGGGAUCCAGCCGGUAAUUGACAAGCUGCGGGGACACGAGAAUGCCACCCUGGACAGACACCUGGACUUCUUUGAGAUGGUGCGAAACGAAGACGACUACGAAUUAGCCAAGCGCUUCGACUUGGUGCACAUUGACACAAAGAGCGCCAGCCAGAUGUUCGAAGUGAUCAAGAAGAAGCUCAGCCACACAGAAGCCUACCCCCACCUGCUCUCCAUCCUCCAGCACUGCCUCGAGAUGCCCUACAAGCGUGGAGCAAGCAGCUUUCAGCACUGGCAGCUGCUGGACCGCAUCCUGCAACAGAUCAUCCUGCAGGACGAGAAGGGCGAGGACCCAGACGUGGCGCCCCUGGACAACUUCAAUGUCAAGAACAUCAUCCGCAUGCUGGUGAACGAGAACGAAGUGAAACAGUGGAGGGAUCAGGCAGAGAAGUUCCGGAAAGAGCACGCGGAGCUGCUGGCCAAACUGGAGCGGAAGGAGAGGGAGUGCGAGACAAAGACGCAGGAGAAGGAGGACAUGAUGAAGACGCUCAACAAGAUGAAGGACAAGCUGCAGAGGGAGGGUGUGGAGCUGCGGACCGCGAGGGAGCAAGUGCUGGACCUGUCCUCCCGCAUCAACGAUAUAGGGGGAGGCAAUAUACCAUUCCCUCCUCCCCCUCCACCACCUGGUGACCCUCUUGCUCCCCUCCCUCCCAUGAUGGGCAGCUUCCCCCCUCCACCACCACCUCUGCCAUUCUCCUGCCCUCCCCCUCCUCCACCGCCUCCUCCUCCAGGGGGUCCACCCCCUCCCCCUGGAGCCCCGCCCCUCUUUACCCCAGGAGCCCCUCCUCCUCCAGGACCACCCGGCCCCCCGGCGUUCAGCACAGGACCUCCUCUGCGCACAAAGUCCAUUCCUCAACCCUCACACCCUCUCAAGUCCUUCAACUGGUCCAAACUGGGGGAGAACAAGAUCAACGGCACCAUCUGGCACGACAUCGAUGACCUGCGGGCCUUCAAGAUCCUGGACCUGAAGGAGAUUGAGAAGAUGUUCUCAGCCUACCAGAGGCAGCAGGAGCUGCUCACUAACCAAUCCUUCAAGCAGAAAGAGACGGGCUCCAUGGACGACCUGUACAUGAGCACGCGCAAGGUGAAGGAGCUGUCCGUCAUCGACGGCCGCCGUGCCCAAAACUGCGUUAUCCUGCUCUCCAAGCUGAAAAUGAGCAACGAGGAGAUCAGGCGAGCAAUCCUGGAGAUGGACGAGAGAGAGGAGCUGGCCAAGGACAUGCUGGAGCAGCUGCUCAAGUUCGUCCCGGAGAAGAGCGACGUGGACCUCCUGGAGGAGCACAAGCACGAGCUGGAGCGCAUGGCGCGAGCUGAUCGCUUCCUCUUCGAGAUGAGCAGGAUUGACCACUACCAGCAGAGGCUCCAGGCGCUGUUCUUUAAGAAGAAGUUUGCAGAGCGUGUGAUGGAAGCCAAGCCCAAGGUGGAAGCCAUCUUGUCUGCAUCACGGGAGGUCACGCGGAGCAAGCGGCUAACCCAGACGCUGGAGGUGGUCCUAGCCUUCGGAAACUUCAUGAACAAGGGUCAGAGGGGCAACGCCUAUGGGUUCAAGGUUUCCAGCCUCAACAAGAUCGUAGACACCAAGUCCAGCAUAGACAGGAACAUCACUAUGCUGCACUACCUGAUCAUGAUCUUUGAGAAGAACUACCCAGACAUCCUCUACAUACAGCAGGAUCUGCAAAGUAUACCAGAGGCUGCUAAAGUCAAUCUGGUUGAGUUGGAGAAGGAGGUGUACAGCAUCAAAAGUGGACUGAAAGCUCUGGAAGCAGAGCUCCACUACCAGCAGAGCCGUGUCCGAGAUCACGGAGAUAAGUUCGUCCCCGUGGUCAGCGACUUCAUCACGGUGGCUAGCUUUAGUUUCUCUGAGCUGGAGGACCUGCUGAACGAAGCUAAGGACAAGUUUGCCAAAGCCCUGAGGCAUUUUGGCGAGGAGCUGGGCAAGAUGCAGCCUGAUGAGUUCUUUGGCAUCUUUGACACCUUCCUGCAGUCAUUCAGCGAAGCCAGGCAGGACCUGGAGAACAUGCAACGUCGAAAGGAUGAGGAAGAAAGGAGGGCACGGAUGGAAGCAAUGCUGAAAGACCAGCGGGAGCGAGAACGGAGAUCAAAGAAAAACACGGGCAGCAGCACAUCAGAGGAGGUGGGCGAGUUUGAUGACCUGGUGUCCGCACUACGUUCUGGCGAGGUCUUUGACAAGGACAUGUCCAAGCUGAAACGCAACCGCAAAAGGUCUGGCAAAGACCUGCUGGACGGCAAUGGCCGUGAAAGGCCCAUCACCAAGGUCAAUUAUUAACCAGUCACCAAGAACCGUCCCCUCCCACCCAGCCUCAUGGGGGCAUCAGCCAGCGAUGCACAGUGUCACUCGUCUGAAGGGAAUUCAAAAUGUAACUUCCACUAUCCGUGCCCGUUGCCCCCACCUACUUCAUGAACUGAGCAGAGGUGUGAUGCCAGACAGAUCGUACCCAUACUGGGACUACCUUUAGGUCUCAUGAGAGAGUGGACCCUCCUCCCCCAUGCACCUUCAUUUUUUCUGCAUAAUCUGAGGUCCCCAGACCCAGCUGGUGCUGCAGCUGUUUAGCACAUAUGAACAAAGCAGCCUUGAUGUCCCCCAACCACCUACUGUGGCAAGGUACCGGCCAGAGGGUCAUACCCCAGUCUUCUGUGCAAACAGGCUUGGCCAGUCCCACUCAGAGUGACAGGAGUCACAAUUUUAUUCAUUUCGGAACCUGGCUACGUCUGGGAGCUCCAGGCUGGAAGGCCCCUCUGAUAUCACCUCUCCUUUCAUCUUACCUUCCCUUGUCCUCACGCAGUGACAAAAACAUCCUGUAGGGGGCAGAUCCCCACUGCGCUUUCUUUAUUCACUGUGGAGCUCAGUGGCUUCUGGGUUGCAGAUCUCCAAACUUGCAUGGAGGAGCAGCCAGGGUGGCAGCAGAGAACUCCUCCAUCCCAACCCCAACAGACUCAACUCUGAAUGCAGUACUUGGCCACUGCAGCUGAAGAUUCCAUCAUGCUUUGCAGCUGCUGUCAGCUGACUGGAAGUACGGGAGUCGGGAGGGUGUCGCCUGCAGAUGGGACACCUGGUCGCACCCAGGCAGACUGGGGACGAGAGGGGCCCGGUCAGAACGUGGAAUCCCGUUUCCCAAGUGCCUCUUCUUCCCAAGCGUUCCUGAGGACUACCUCCCAGCUGGUGCUCCAUAGGGAGCACGGCACUCGUGGGAAAAGCAGAAGGCCGCCAGAAAUGUUCGGAGACGGAACUGAAUCGGAAUAAAGGGUCAAAUUCAUUUAUCUUAUACUUCAAAUUCAACAACUGUUAAAAAAAAAAAUAAAUAAAUAAAAAAAUAAAUGUUACGGCAUUAUCUAGUGCCAAAGCAAAAAGGUUAUUAAUACGAAAAAAUGCAAAUAGGAAGUCAUUUAUAUAUUUAUAUAUAUAUAUAUAGAAAGAGAGAGAGAAGUGGACAUGCUAACAUUAACGAUUGGUGUUAUGUUUAAGUGUUUUUUCUGUUUUAUAUUCUUAAUUCAUGAUUGUUGUUGUUAGUCAUAUUUUGGAUUUAUUUUGUGUUGUUGUAAUUAAUGUCCCGCACAUUUUUUUUAUGCCAGAAUCCCCUCCAAUCCUAGUGUCCAGGUCUUGUUUGCACUGUAAAUGUACUGAAGACAACCCCAACGAACCCUUCUCCUUUGCCCUCCUCUGUUGUCCCUAUUUCAUGGCCAUUUUAAUUACCAUCUGAAUUCUCUGUGGUAACCCUGAAUUAACCAAUCACCACUGAGCUGUGGAACAAGUCAGUCCCCCGCUCUGGAUAGAAGAAUGGAAGUUAAUACGCAGCAUUUGUAAUGUUGCUCGUUUAUAAUAUGUUCUCAUUGAUGUUCUCACAGCUUGUCACAGUUCGUCGAUGUUUGGUGGAUUUUUUUUUUUUUUUUAAAUUUCUGCCAUAAUUUUUGUAAGUUAAGCAUGGUAUUGUUGACAGCACUUAAAGGACGGUUAAGUGAAUGAGGAUGUUAAAGCACACCAAAAACAAUGGACAUAAAGAACAGUAAGCACAAGCUGGGAAGUGCUAGAGGAAGCCCCCCCUCACCUCGCCUCCCAGCCUCCAGAUAUUUUGGCUGAGGGUUCGAGGCAGAUUCCUCCCACAGCGAGCAGACAGGAAACUCCAGGAACAAAACAAGGACAACAUGCCGCAGCCCUCCCAGUUUUUAUUUUCUUUUGUUUAAUUUCUACAUAUUUCUAGUACUUUACUCUUGGCUAAGACAAAGGUUGCAUGAA